AUGCGGAAUGGUGCUGCUCAACCCACAGGCACGCCUGCUCGCGCCCCUCAAAGGCAAAGUAUCACCCCUAGUGAAUUAAUUCCGGGACCCUCGUCGCUCCCUUUCCGAGGUCUUCCAUCUGCCAAGGACAACUCCCAGCAGAAGGACCAACAAAGACGUGGCCCGGCGCGACAAGGUCGCAUCAUGCAGACCGUUGAGAAGCCGCCUGAGGAGUUCCUCAACGCCAGGAAUCAACCCCGGAAUGGCCCCUCUUCCAGUCACUUGAGGCCGGCCACUCCCGGCCCGUCCUCCCGUCGAACUGCGCCCCCACAGCCCUCCCCUGGAAUUUCCGCGACCCCACGGGCUGUGUCCGUAAUGCCAUGCCCUGUCCCUGGAAGCCAAGAUUCUCCAAAGAGCGUGUCGCGGUCACGAGGGAAGAGGACCUUCCAUGAGAUGGAGGACACAGACUCGAGCUCAAAGGCAGAGGAAUGGGAGAGGAUGCUGGAGAGAUUCAAGAGUCAUGAGAAGGAGAUGGAGCAGCAAAGAGCCCAGCUGGAGGACACGAAGCGGCUGCUUGCCGAGCAGAAGACUCGGAUCGAUGAUCUUGAGCAGCGGCGACGGGCUGAGGAGCUCCUACGAAACCCUGAUAUGGGCACGCGGACUGAAGAGCGAGAUGUCGCUCCUCCCCACGAGGCUGUCCCUCGGGACCUUGAUCCUCCCCCUGUGACUGUUGCUCGAGAUGGUGCUACUCCCGCAGUGGCUGUCCCUCGAGACGUUGCUCCUCCUCCGCUAAUGCCCAAGCUGUUGCUCCCCGUCGUGUUUCUAGUCGCCAAGCUCAAAGAAGGGAGGAACGAAGACGACGCAAUGCCUCCCAGAUAA